AUGGAGACCGUGAAACUCGCAUUGAAAUCACGUCAAGACGCCUCGAGCCAUGAGCCGGACUUCAACAUCAAUCAACUCCAAAGCUCCAAGAAAGCUCAGACACCUUACGACCGACGCUGUGUAGCGCACCUUUUCAUUCAAAAUGGCCAGUUGGAUGCCCCUCAUUACGUCAAAGCACUCGGUGUGUAUCGAAAAUACGAAGACAAGAAUCGAGUUCAUCUGGUUGCUCAAGCGAGGUGGCUUGUACCUGCUGACGGUCUCGAGUUUGUGGACAAGCAUUGGACGGUGAUCGAGCCAUCGCCUGCAGAGCCAGAGCAUUCCUGCAUCGUUCGAACAUAUUAUCUACUCGAAGUCAAAAGCCCUGGAAUGGGGUUUACUCAUCAACAAGAAUCUACUCGGAACCUGGUGAUGAGGGCGAUUACAGAAAAAUCCCGACAGAUUUUGCAGCUCAUGCAGAAUACUUUCCUCGACCAGGUAGUGGAGUCCUCUAUGCUAUCAUCUUAGGAUACGAUGAACAUAGAACCCCGUUCGAUGAAUCUGUGCUGUUGUGGAAGUUACAAUUGCAAUACCCCUAAAACAGUUUAAAUCGGUUUAUUGCCAAUGGAAGACAAGAAGUCUGAAGGCCGAGACGGCAGCGGUUGGAGAUGCUGGUCCGUUCGUGAUAUAGUAUGAUGUUUGGCAGCUUUCAGAAUAUAUACG